AUGUACAACCGCAUCAUCAACGACACCGACCGCCUGGAUUUCUCAAGCAGUAGAACUGCAUUCAAACAUCUGUCAGCGUCGGGGGACCUUUGGAGCGGCAAGAAGAGGAUCCUCAAGGCGUACAGAGAAGCCUCAAGUCACCGGAUCAAAGAAAUACGCAGCGCUUCCGAAAGACUUUGGGAGCUCCUGGUGGGAGGUGAUUUCAAGCGGCACAGGGACUACAUCAUUUGGAACAGCAUCAGGAGGACAGUUUUCAACCGUAUGUGGUAUGUCAAACGAAGGCAUGUUCUGGAUAGCAUUAAGAUGAAAUCUCAGGAGGGAAGGGAUAGAGACUCACGGGUUUUUAGUUUUUUCGAUCGGAUGUGUGGAGGUUCUGUUAUCAAUCCGGGUGGCGUAAUGUUAUCAAGGAAGACGCAAGCAGUGUUGGAAAACGGACCGAAGUUUUGUAUUGAUGUAAAACCGUCAAGGGUGGAUGUAUUUUCUUCUAUACAGUCAGUUGCGAGAAUAGUCAGGCAUGAAGAAAGAGCGGCGUUUAUUGAACAGGCUGUUGGCAGAAUGGAAAACGUAAUGGGGAUUGGAUACCCAAAUGAGAAAAGGGAUUUUCGUGUCGUCAGCUCGGUUAGAAAAGAGUUAGAGGAUCGGUCAUUACAAUUGCUACAAACGGAUAAAUCCGGUAGAUUCGCGGUUCUUUCAAAAUCGUCAUUUCAAACGAAAACAGGUGAAGCGAUGGAAUCCUUGUUUCAAGAAUGGGGUGGAAACAUCGGAAAGUUAAAGAAAAAUAUAGUUUCAAUUUUAGAGGAAGACGAAUUUAAGGACGUAGCAAAGACCUUGGUAAAUCUGUCGAAAUCAUCGUUGAGCGUAAAGUUCUUCAUUAAGGAUCAUAAACCGGAGAUGCCACUUAGAGUGGUGAUCAAUGAGAAUGGCACUUGGCAGAAGGUAGUUUCCGUGUUUCUUCAAAAAGGUUUAAAUCAUGCAAUUCUAGAUAAGUCUUUGUCACUGAGAAAUUCGAGUGAGUUGGUCACGGUACUCGAAGGUCAUCAUGGAAAGGAAGGAGAUAUGUUGUCAAUGGACAUCAAGGAUCUUUAUUACUCAUUAGAGAAGAGUCGUUUGUUGGAAAGGGUAAAAGGGGUGCUUGAAAUGAAUUUGGUAAGGUUCCAAUCGCGGACAGGCAUAUCGGUGGACAGUUUUCUUGCCGUUCUUGAUUAUUACUUGCAGUCAACAAUAGUAGAGUAUCAAGGAAAAAAGUAUUUACAGAAAGAGGGAGUAUGCAUUGGGUCGAGUGUAGCACCGGCGUUAGCGGAAAUCUACCUAAAUUCUUUGGAUUGCAUUGUAUCUGAUAAGUUGCAAGAACUGACGUCGGAAUCCUGUUUUGUGAAAAGAUAUGUC